CACAGCCCACGAGUCGACCACGAUAAAACCCUAACCUCCCCACGCCUCCACCGGCCUCUCAUCCAAGAAUCCCCAAAUCACCAACGCAUCCACCAACAACCAGAGCGCGCCGCAGACACCCCCGACGGACAACAUGGCCGUCGCCUCCGCCUGGGCCAAGCCCGGUUCAUGGGCCCUCGCCGCCGAGGAGCAGGACGACCUCCCCCCGCCGCCGCCGCCCGCCCCCGCCUCCGACUUCCCCGACCUCGCCACCGCCGCCACCACCAAGGUCCCCAAGAAGAAGAAGGCGCAGCCCGUCUCCCUCGCGACUUUCAACAGCGCCAAGUUCGUCCCUUCCUCCACCCGCGGGCCCACCCCCGACAUGCUGCUCAGCCUCCCCACCGGCCCCCGCGAGCGCACCGAGGAGGAGCUCGGCGGGGCGCGCUGGGGCAACAUGACCCGCGACGAGCCCCGGCGCGGCGGAUCUGCCUCGGAGGACUACGGCCCGUCGCGCGCCGACGAGGCGGAUGAUUGGGGCGUCAAGAAGCCCAUGGAGAGGAGGGAACGGAUGGGAGGCUUUGGUGGGGACUCGAUGUCGUCCCGUGCUGAUGAUGUUGACGACUGGGCGUCCACCAAGAAGACUGCGCCCUCCAUGCCCAUGGAGCGGAGGGAGCGUAGCAGUGCGUUCGGGAGCGAAUCGCAGGGGCGCGCUGACGAUUCCGCCAGCUGGGUCUCCAGCAAGAGCUACUCUGCGCCCCCUCCGGCCCCUUCCGAUGGCCGUAGGGGUGGUUCUGUUUGGGGUUUCAAUAGGGACGGUGGUCAAGACGCUGAUUCUUGGGGAAGGAGGAGAGUGGAGGUGAGCAGUGGUGAUGGGAGCGGCGGUGCCCGGCCACGUCUUGUUUUGCAGAAGCGGACUUUACCGGUUGCCAUUGUAAGUGAUGGAGAGAAGGAUGUGGAUAAAGAGGAAGAGAAGGGAGACUUGCAGCCGAAAAGCAAGUCUUCCAACCCGUUUGGGGCAGCUCGCCCACGCGAGGAAGUUCUUGCUGCCAAAGGGGAGAGCUUGGUGAAGGAGGAGGAUAAAGAGGAGAAGCUAGUUAUUCAACCCAAAGUUAGGACUUCAAAUCCUUUUGGGGCAGCCCGUCCACGUGAGGAAGUGCUUGCUGCCAAGGGGGAAGAUUGGAGGAAGAUUGAUGAGAAGCUUGAGGCAAUGAAGGUGCGUGAGGCACCAUCUGAGAAGAGGUCCUCUGGGAGGAGGGGUUCCCCAGUCCCAGGAGAGGAGAAUGGGAACGGUGAAGUGUCAGAGAGCCGCGACCAGGGCGUUUGGAAGAAGCCUGCUGCAGUUGAGGCAGCAAGAGAAUCUGAACAAGGAUCAGAGACAGUUGAAGAGAGUGCGCCUGCAAAUUAAUUUAUGGCCGUGCAUGUUCUGAAGAGUGAAGACACUUUGGAAUCUGAGGGUCUACUAAAUAUAUUAGCCUUGUUAUGUUUGCUACUUGUGUGCGGCAACAGUUGUAACACCGAGUAAAUUUUUGUCUGUUUCUUUUUUACCGUUUUAGCAACUGGUUACCUUAAUAUGGUGUCGAGAAUUUUGAUCUGGUAAUUGUGUUAGUUGGUUAUAGUAUUCUUAGUCAUGCUAUGUUGACUUGAUAUCCAGAAGAAAUACUUUUCGUUAUUAUUGUUUUGGUAUAGCAUUCAUUUCCAUAGGA